AUACAUGACUGGGCAGGUGUGGGGUGCUCUGAGCCAUUCAGGCUAAUCUUCCAUGGCAGAGCUACCAAUCCACGUCAAACCUGGACCAACCUGGUGCCACUCCACUGCUCCAAGUUGCCAUGGCAACCUGUCCCAGACAUUCGCCGAUCAGGAAUGCAGAUGCAGCACUUUGCGAGCCGCCGAGCACUGUGCUCGUGCAGCGCGCGGGGGAGAAGUGAGCUCACCUUACGCUUGCCCUUCUGAGUCCUUUCGGGUGAAGUUGAUCCGUCAGAGUUUUCAGCAUGGACAACGUCUGGGAGUUGCGUGUCUUGCUGUUGCAUCGAUCCUCGAGUUUCUGGCGAUGAUGCGGAGACCUGCAGUCUUGGAGGAAGGAGUCGUCCGCGCAUUUGGAUCGAGGGCAAGUUCUGGUAGUUUGCUCUUUGUGGACCUUCUGUCAACGAAGUGCUACGUACCUUGAGCCCCACCUGAAAAGGUGGGAAGUGAUUUCUGUACUAUUUCGAUGACGGAAAGCAUGACCAUGCUGCGGCUCUGAGAGAAAGAA